CAUAAUCACUCCAAUUUCCUCCUCGAAAUAGACGGCAGGCAUCAUAAGGAAAAACAACGCGAUUUUAUUUGACUUUGAAACGGCGAAGGUGAUAUUUAUUAAGGCAGUCAAUUCUGCCAUUCAUUUAUUGCGAAUAAUCCAGCAGUGAAAUAUUGAUAAAGCUGAGAGAGCAGGCGCAAAGAUCAGCAAGGGGAUAAGUUGCAGUUGGACCAUUUUUCAUUAUUUUCCCGGUGUUUUACCAUGACCAGUGGCAUGAUGGCCCCUCUGGACAGAUUCAGGUCCUGGGUGAAGAGGAGAGUGAAGCAAUGGAAGGUUGAAAGAAUAGUGGAAGAGCUAAAGCUCUCUGACGUGCAGCUACGGAAGGUGAUGCAGCUCUUGGAUGAUGAGAUGAACAAGGGUCUGUGUAAAGGAACAAAUCCAAACGCAGCUAUCAAGAUGUUCCCAACAUACGUCAGAUCUAUACCUGAUGGCACAGAGGAAGGGAACUACUUGGCCCUGGAUCUCGGGGGCACCAACUUCAGAGUGUUGCUGAUCAGGCUGAAUGGUUCCGAGGUGUCCAUGAGGAGUAAAAUCUUCUUGGUUCCAAACUUCAUCAUGACAGGAACAGCGGAAGAGCUCUUUGACCACAUAGCAGAGUGUAUCUCCAAGUUCAUGCAUGAGGAGGGUAUAGCUGACCAGAAGCUGCCCCUGGGGUUCACAUUUUCAUUCCCGUGUAAACAGGAGGGUCUGGCCAGGGCCCGUCUGUCACAGUGGACGAAGGGGUUCAAGGUCAGCGGAGUGGAGGGAGAAGACAUCGUGAGACUGCUACACGAGGCUAUUGAGAGGAGGGAUGACAUUGAUGUGGAGUGUGUAGCGGUGAUAAAUGACACAGUAGGAGCACAGAUAUCUUGUGCACACGAAGACAGAAACUGCCAGAUUGGACUUAUUUUAGGCACUGGUAGCAAUGCUUGCUACAUGGAACAGUUAGACAAAGUGGAGACAUGGGAUGGUGAUGAGAGAGCACCCAGACAGGUUAUAAUCAACACAGAGUGGGGAGCAUUUGGGGACAAUGGUGUUCUGGAUUUUAUAAGAACACAAUAUGAUCAGGAAUUAGAUGCAAAAUUCUCAGUCAACCCAGGAAAACAGCUGUAUGAGAAGAUGAUGUCGGGUAUGUACCUGGGAGAGCUAGCGCGCCUCUACCUGGAGCGUUUGGUCAACGAGGGACUGCUCUUCGAGGGACAGAGCUCCGAUCUCCUAUCAACUCCAGGGCGCUUUUAUACAAAGUACAUCUCAGAAAUUGAAAGUGACAAGAGGGAUGAUUUUAAAAAUACCAAGUCUGUACUAGAGUAUGACCUUGGGAUUGAGAAUUACAGCAAUGCAGACUGCCACUAUGUGCAAUAUGUUUGUUCUUUAGUAUCCAGCCGAGCAGCCCAUUUAGCUUCAUGUGGCUGUGCAGUACUACUGAACAGAGUAGCCCGGCCCAGCGUCACAAUAGCGGUGGACGGCUCUCUAUACAGAUUCCAUCCCAAAUUUGGUGAUAUCAUGGAGCAAAAGGUCUCACAGUUGGUCAACAAAGGGUUAAAAUUCAAAAUCAUGUUAUCUCAUGAUGGGAGUGGAAAAGGUGCUGCGUUAGUGGCGGCCGUUGCAUGCAGGAUACGUGAUGAACAAAAGAGGAAUGGACUAAUAUGAAUAACAGGCUGGGAUACAAUAGACUUAACUAGUAUAGAGUUCAGGUAAAACAACAACAACAACAAUAACAACAGGUGAAAUGCUGGGCAAAUUAAAAAAAAAAA